AUGUCGUCGACGUUUGCCAUCGACAUGAACGCAGUCAAGGCCCACAUUGACGCCGUGCAGAGCAAAGUUGAAGAGUGGAACACACAGCAAGUCCAGCACGCCGCCUUCCAAGCCCACAUCCAACACAAGCAGGCCAUGCAUCCCUCAACCAUCGCGUUGGACGUGGGGGGUAUGAUGUACAAGACGUCCAAAGCAACGUUGCUGGCCGUCCAAGACAGCUAUUUUCAUGCGUUGCUGGCGUCCGAGCACUGGACACCCGACGACGCCAGCCGCGGUGCGUACUUUUUGGACCUGCACGGUCCUACAUUUGCGCGUGUCCUGGACUUUCUUCGCACGGGCCACUUGUCCGUGGACGGGCUCAAUCGAUGGGAGGUUCGACAGCUGCAUGCGUCGCUCGAGUACCUUCAACUGGUCGAUGCGACGCUGGCGACGACGACGACAACAGGUGGGUCUACGUGGACAUGGGACGUCGUGGAGCCUUGUCAAUCGUCGACUGUGCAUUUGUCUCGCGACCGAAAAGUGCUGCAUAUUGCAGCGAAACCCUCCGUGUCGUCGACACGAACGGAUCGGUCAUGGUUCGUGCGCGGGUCGGCCCCCGUGAUCAGCUUUCGCGUACAAGUGCUGGGGAUGACGACGCUGACUGUGGGCUUUUGCCCUGUGACUUGCACGACAGGCAUUGAAGCAAUCAAGGUGGGUCGUUUCCUGACAUUCACCAGCAGCGUCGUGCCGCAGCGGCUACCAUCAUCCCAGCACAAGUGCAAUCUUUGCGACGUGAUUGGAGUCCACUGGGGGGAUGACAAAGUUACGUUUGAACGGAACGACAGCCCUGUCGGGACGGCCUUCGUGUCGAUAUUGUCGACCACCGACCACUUGGUCCCCUUCGUCUCCUCUUCGAGAUUCGACACAACGACAUUGUACAUUAUAGACUAG